AUGAAAUUAAUAUUAUUGAUAACAUUGUUCGCAAUAUGUACAUGUUUAAGAUAUGAUGAUGGGAACAGUGGGAACUCUGUAAUUGAAGAAUAAAUUAAAGAGAUCUAAUAACAUAAAAUUGGUUAAGCAAUUUUGAAGAUGGCUGAGUUAAAUUACAAAUUGCAAGGUCCUGUAGAUGAAUUAAUUUAAACAAUAAAAAGCUUCGGACGCUAGUUGAUUGUAUUUUUAAGAAUAAUAUAUAGGAAAGAGUGGAAUAAGAGAACCUCGAUUACGAGGCUAUUAAAGCAGAAAGCGUUGUAAAAGUUCAAUAAUUAAAAUAAAUAAUUUCUGAUGCUGAAAACGAAUAGAAUAAGCAGAGGAAAAGAAUUGGAUAAGAGCUAGAACCCAGAAAGGUAAUAAUACUGUGUUAAUCCUGAUUAGAACGAUAUAGAAAAAUAAUUAUUAAGAUUGAAGGAUUCUAAACAAUAAAACGAAUCUAGACUAAAAAUGUAGGAGGCAUUGCGCAAACAAUAAUAUGAGAAUUUUGAGAAAUCUAAGAGAGAUGUAGGAGAUUUGAUCAAGAUUACAGACGACACUUUGAAGAUGGUUGGAUCCUUAUUGCCCAGACCAGAUUGCAGUUUUAUUGAGAUGGAUAAAAUUCAAUUGAGUAAGGAGGAAUCAAAGGAUUUGACUAGAAGAUUAAGAAGCAUUAAAGGAAGAGUAAUAAUUGGAAUUAACUGUAGGUAGAGGGAUUGAAGGGUUAUGAAAGUAUGAUGGAGACGUUGGUGUAAUUAACCGAUUCCAGUUUCAAAUAGAGACAUUUUAUUAAGUCAGUUUUGGAUCUAUUGAAUAAGCUUCGAAAAUCUUUGGUUGAUUCUCAAAACAAAUUAAUUAAUGAUGAGAAAGAAUAGGAAAGGGCCUUCUCUUAAUGGGACAGUGCUUAGGAUGGGGAGACUAAUGUUUUUGAGAGAGAAUGGAAUGAUUUAUUGGAGGAAAGAGAGGACAUUUAAUCAUUCGUAGCUGAUUGUGAAAAUAUCAUAAAAAUCCAUCAAGCUGAUAUUGAUUUAUAUGGGGAACGUGUGAAGUUGGAAGAGCAAUCAUUGUUGAUAAGUAAAUAAACCCAUGAGGAGUUGGUGAAACAAAUAAAUAAUGAGUUGGAUAUUAUUCAGAAGUCCAUUAAGUUGUUGUAUUCACCUGCUAUUUUUGAAUACUUGAAAUACAAAAUAAACUUAGGUCCCUGAUUAUUAGAAUAUUAUAC